AUGGCCGCCUUCGGCGCCGCGCGGUGCCAGGCGACCGUGGGGCGCGAGCUCGAGGACGACGACGAGGCCGUGACGGUCGUCCCCGGCGACGCCGAGGAGGCGCCCGCGCCGACGACGCUCGUGCUGCUCAUGGCGUCGCACAUCGCCUCCGCGGACCGGCUCUGCGCCCUCGGCGACGCCCUGCGCGCGGCGUCGGCGGCGCAGACGGCGGCGCCCGACGGCAUCCUGCUGUCCUGGAGCGCGGAGGAGGCGUGGCGAGAAUCCGCGCGGCGGCUCGUGAAGGAAUGCGACUGCGACGCGGUCGAAUGCGCGGGCCGGCGGUCCCAGUUCGAGCACCUGGCGGCCCUCGGCGCGCUGGUCGCCCACCGCUGGGGCAAGAAGCGCAGCGUCUGGUGCUUCUUCGGCGACGACGACGACCUCGCGCACCCGUCGCGGACCGCGGAGUACCGCGCG